CACUGACAAGCAUUCGUGCUAGUCGUUUCGUUUGUGUGUAAACCAAUCUAACUCUCUUUAAACAUGUCUGGACGUGGUAAAGGUGGCAAGGUUAAGGGAAAGGCAAAGUCCCGUUCUAACCGUGCCGGACUUCAGUUCCCCGUGGGCCGUAUCCACAGGCUUCUACGCAAGGGCAACUACGCCGAGCGCGUCGGUGCCGGUGCCCCCGUGUACUUGGCUGCCGUCAUGGAAUACCUGGCCGCUGAGGUUCUCGAGUUGGCCGGAAACGCCGCUCGUGACAACAAGAAGACCAGGAUCAUCCCCAGACAUCUCCAGCUGGCCAUCCGCAACGACGAAGAGUUGAACAAGCUCCUCUCCGGCGUGACCAUCGCCCAGGGUGGUGUGCUGCCUAACAUUCAGGCCGUGCUCCUGCCCAAGAAGACCGAGAAGAAGGCUUAAGUGUCCCCUCACUUCUCGUCCGUCCGGUGACA